GUUGUCAUAACGACCCCUAUCAACAGCAACCGAGUAAAAAUAAACGAAGUCGGAAUCGAGCUUUAAUAUUCGCUAACAAUGGUUGAAGAAGCUGUGAAUAAACCUGUUUUAGAGUUGCAAAAUGCAAUUGGCUUUGGCGGGACCGUCCCAAAUGGGUUGAAGGUACACCCUAACCGACAAAGUCUUAUUUAUCCAAUUGGAUGCACAGUGGUUGUUAGGGAUUUAGCGACGAACAAGCAAGAAUUCCUUUCCGGUCAUUCUAACACAAUUUCAGCGGUCGCUGUCUCUAAAAGCGGAAAAUAUAUAGCUUCUGGACAAAUAACACAUAUGGGUUUUAAGGCAGAUAUCAUCGUUUGGGAUUUUGAAACUCUUUCCAUGUAUUGCAAACUUACACUUCAUAUGGUUAAAAUUCAAGAUUUGGCUUUUAGUACAAAUGAUAAGUAUCUUGUUAGCUUGGGUGGAGAAGACGAUUCUGGAGGCAGUGUCGUUGUUUGGAACUUAGAAACGAAAGAAGCAAUAUGUGGAGCUCCAGCUCAAGUGCCAUCGGCUGGAGUCACACAUUGUGUUACCUGUUUUAAUGAGGAUGACAUGAAAUUUGCAACAGGAGGAAAGGACACUCUAAGAAUAUGGCAACUAGAUUUGCCUAAUCGAAAAAUCCGACCAACUGAUAUAAGUACUGGACAAACUAAGAGAGUAAUAAGAUGCUUAACCGUUGCUCAUGGAGACGGGAUGCUCUACUGUGGAACAACUACAGGCGACAUUAUGUCUGUUUUUACUACAACUUUUAAGAUGCAAACUUUUGGACCUGAGAAACAUCCAUUUAGUUUGGGUAUUUGUUCCUUGGAACAGCUACCAACUGAAGAAAUAUUAGUUGGUGCUGGAGAUGGAACUGUUGCCGUUGUCCAAGGACCUAAUAAAAGAUUUAAGAGGACGUCAAAAUGUGUCAAAGUCAAAGGCGCCAUCACGUCUAUAUCAUUAAGAGGAAAAGGCCAUCAAUUCUUCGUUGGAACUGAUAAAUGCGAAAUAUAUAAAUUUAACUUUGGAGAUUUUAAACCCGAACUUGUUGAAACAUGCCAUCAUGGACCAGUUACUGACCUAGUUUUCCCGACUAAUUGCCCGGAACUCUAUGUUACAUCUUCAAAAGAAGAUAUUCGAAUUUGGGAUGCAAAUAGCGCGAGAGAAUUAAGACGCUUCACCGUGCCAAACAUGGAAUGUACCAGUGUUUGUAUAACAGGUGACGGCCAUCUUAUCGUAUCGGGUUGGACAGACGGAAGAAUCAGACUAUUCCUACCUGAGAGUGGAGAAUGCGUCCAUACUAUUGGCGAGGCACACAAUCUUGGCGUUACGGCUUUAGCUGUCUUUUCUGAUAAUAGGCAUUUGGUAAGUGGUGGUAAGGAAGGAGAUGUACGCCUAUGGAGGAUAUCAAAGAGACCGUAUGCUUCUAAACUCCUCCAUGAUCUUCACGAGCAUAAAGCGGCUGUAACUUGCGUAACCUUAAAAAAAGAUGACUCGGAGUGUGUAACUAGCUCUACUGAUGGAACAUGUAUCAUAUGGGAUUUAAACGUGGACAAACCAUUCAGAAGACAAAUGUUACGUCUUAAUACCCUCUUCAACAACGUGACCUAUCAUCCGGAAGAGCAUCAAGUUAUAGCAGCAGGAACUGACAGAAAAAUAAGCUACUGGGAAUCCGCUGAUGGUUCAUUGAUCAGGGAGUUGGACGCGUCAAGUACUGGAGCUAUAAACGCCUUGGAUGUAUCAUCAUGCGGAUCUUUUUUUGUAUCUGGUAGUGAAGAUAAAUUGGUUAAGGUCUGGACUUAUGACAGGGGAGUAACAACUCAUAUCGGGGUUGGUCAUAGCGCCCCGGUGGCCAAGGUUAAAAUCAGUCCUGGUCACAACUGUAUUGUUUCAGUUGGAAUGGAUGGGUCAAUAAUUAGGUGGAAGAUGCCUGGAGGUGACGAAGAAUAA